AUGAAUCGUUUCAUAUCUUUUUCGAUUUUUCUUCUUGGAAUUAUCCACGUAGUUUCACUCUCAUCAGCUUUCUCGAAAUCGGCGGCUUUUCUGAGAGAAGAACAAAAAGACCUACUAGAUCUAAUUCCUGCUGCAACGACGUCCUCCUUUAAUAAGUACGACGAAGAUCAAGAUUCUUCACCACAUGAUUAUAACGAUCAACCUUUGCAGGGUAUCUUUUCCCUAACCCUUCCAUCUUUACUGUCUCAUCAUCACACGAAGCACUCCGACGAAGACUACGAAGACUACUCCCUUUCCUAUAACUACUAUUACGAGAGCUGUCCCGACUUGGAAUAUAUUGUGAAUAGAAAAGUACGGGAAUGGAUAGCAAAAGAUAACACCUUUGCUCCUGCACUCCUCAGGUUGCACUUCCAUGACUGUGCUGUCCGGGGAUGUGAUGCCUCAAUUUUGCUAAAUGACGAAAGAAGCGAGAGGACAGCAACAACAAGCAAAACACUCAGAGGAUUUGAAGUGAUUGACGAUAUCAAAUCAGAGCUAGAGAAGAAGUGUCCGAAAACGGUGUCGUGUGCUGAUAUUCUGACUGCAGCUGCAAGAGAUGCCACGGUUCAAGCUGGAGGUCAAUACUGGACAGUUGACUUUGGAAGGAAAGACGGCCUCAUUUCCAUUGCUAAAGAAGCUGAGUCAUUGGUACCCAUGGGCCGCGAGAGCAUCACAGAUUUGAUCGAGUUUUUCCAGUCUCUAGGGCUGGACAAUGAUGACCUGGUUUCCCUUUCUGGGGCUCACACCAUUGGAAGGGCAUCUUGUGAGUCCAUACAAUACCGUCUGUUCAACUACAGCCUGACCGAGUCACUAGAUCGGACCAUCGAUCCAAACUACGCCGAUUACUUGGGAAGAAAAUGCAGAUGGUCGACCGAUCUCUACGUAGAACUAGACUCAGAAACUCCGACUAAAUUCGACAAUGAAUAUUAUAAUAACCUAAUUAAUAGGAAAACAGGAGUCUUAUCAACUGAUCAGCGACUCUAUUCUGAUUCAAGAACUUUGUACAUUGUCCAGACUUUGGCUAAAAACUCAUAUACUUUCAACCAACAAUUUCAGAAAUCCAUGAAGAAGCUUGGCAAUGUUCAAGUCCUUACCGGUCCCAGCAAGGGUGAAAUUCGAGACAAUUGCAAUUUUGUCAACGCCGGUCGUUAUUGA